AUGGUACUAGAAAUAUCCAAGAAAAGAUUAAAGUGUGUAGUGGUGGGAGAUGAUUGGGUCGGUAAAACCAGUAUGUUGAUGGGGUAUGCUACCAACCGAUACCCUACCCAGCAUGUACCUGCUGUAUUCGAUAACUAUACAGGAUGUGUGAAGGUGGCAGGAAGAAAAAUAGAUUUAGAAAUAAUGGACAGCAUUCAACAGGAAAGUUGUGCCGAGUUGUGUCACAAUACAUUUAACGAUACAGAUGUGUUUGUUGUUUGUUUCUCUGUUGUACAACCAGAUUCUUUGGAAAACGUUCAAAAACAUUGGAUACCUCAUAUCAAAAACAUGGCACCCGAAACACCAUUUGUGUUGGUCGGUACACAAGCUGAUCUACGUCAAGCAGAUUUUCUUCUUACUGAAUUACAUCAACAAGGAAAAGAAUUUAUAAGCCAAUCCGACGCUGAUGAAAUGGCGCGAAAUUUGGGCGCCACCUGCUACGUCGAAUGUUCUCCUGGAGUUGAGAAACAAGUGCGCCAAAUUUUAAAUCGUGCCUUAGCAACCGUGAUUCAGGAAACCAUGACAUCAAAACAGUGUGUUAUUUUGUAA